AUGGAAUUAAGUAAUGAUAUUCAACAAGAUAUUGGUCGUCUCGGUGAUGAAACAAUUUUAAACAAUAAUAAUUAUGAAAAAAUAGUUGAUAAAACAUUUUUAUUAUUUUCUCAAACAUCUUCUUCAUCAUCAUUAUUUGAUUCAUUAUCAAUUGAUUCAAUUCUCUUAAAUCGUCUUGUAUCCUCAUUAUUAACAUUUAUAUUUGAAUGUGCAAAAUAUGAUUUAAAUGAUGCAAAUAUUUUAUCAAAAUUUGAAGAAUACAAUUUAACAUUAAAACAACGUCAACAAUAUUUUAUUGAAAAAUAUCGUCAAUAUAUUAAAAUAAUUCAAAUAUAUUUAAAUGAAAAAACAAUUGAAUACGAUCGAUUAAUUGAUAUUAAUUGGCGUUUAAAUUUACAUCUAAAAACGAAUCAAUCAGAUCGCAUUGUACAACCCAAUUAUUUUUUAACAUUAAAAAAACGUUUACAAUAUACGAAAAAUAUCGAAGAUAUACAAUUUCAAUGUACACCAGAAAAUUUACAAGAAUUAGUGGAAAAAUUGAAAGAAGCGGCCCAUUGUUUAGAACGAUUUACAACAACACCAACGACGACGAAAACAAAAUAA